AUGGCUGAGAUGGCUAGGAGUGGAGGAGAGUGUGGCUGCAUAAUCGAGCAGUUUACGCUGAUGAAGCCUCCAUCCUUUGCUGGGGGACUUGAUCCGAUUGCAGUUGAGAACUGGGUUCAGGAUGUUGAGGAGAUUCUAGCAGUACUAGCACGUACAAAUGAGCAGAAAGUGGCAUUUGCGACAUUUAAAUUGACAGGAGAGGCAAAGAGUUGGUGGAGAUUAGUGCGUAUAAUUGAGGAGCAAAAGCCAGAUCCAGUGCCAGUAUCUUGGAGUCGGUUCAAGGAGUUAUUCUUCGAGCGAUAUUUCCUUACUAUCGUUAGGAGCGUGAAGGUAGCCGAGUUCCUGCAUUUGGCUCAGGGGCAGAUGACAACGUUUGCUGAGGUGGUGGAUAGAGCUACUAUUAUUGAGAGUGAUAUGCAAAGAGGUACUGCAGCUCAGGGUCAGAGGAAGAGGUAUGCCCCUCAAUAUUUACAGGCGAGUUCUAGCCGAGGGCCAUGGAGAGGUGAUCGAUAUGGAGGCAGUCAGGGGUGGACGACGGGCCGUGGUGGACCUCAGGGUGGACGAGUUGUUCCUAUAUGUCCUAGGUGUGGAUGUAGACAUUCAGGAAAAGCGAAUUUAGUAGCUGAUGCGCUGAGCAGAAAAUCAGUGGGACCAACACUAGCAGCCAUAGAGAUUCAGCACUCGAUCCUGAUGGAUUUGGAGAGACUUGACAUAGAAUUGGUAGAGGACAGUCCUCAUGGUUUUAUUGCCAGCUUAGUUAUACAACCUACCCUAUAUGAGAAAAUUAAAGUAGCUCAGGGUGAUGAUAUAGAAUUGGCAGAAGUUAUAGCUAGAGUAAGGGAUGGUUAA